AUGAUACUCGAUAUUCAUCCCGACUUUCUCAAGUCAACAAAUACUGGCAAAUUGCUAGAGACUACAUUACAUGAAAAAGACGUUGAUGUUCGAAAUUUAUUAAUACAGGAUCCUUAUGAACCAGCCUACACCAUUGCCUGGAGACGUAAAUGUCGAUCUGAAUGGAAUAUGGAUAGCCAAACAUUUAUACCCUUAGAAACAAUGAAAAUUAUGAACGAGCCGGUUGUACUGGUUCAUAUUGAUAGUUUACAGUUUGUGCAUCACGUUAAAAAUAACACAAUGAAUAGCUAUAUUGAUCGUAUUCAGAAAUCAUGCCAAAACAGACAAAUUAUAUUGAUGAUUGAAGGGCUCGAUAACUAUUACAAAAAGAAAAAACUGUUGCAAAGAAGACAAUUUGACUCUCAAGUACGUCAAACAAUGUCGCAAAACCCAAUAAAAAAAAGGAACAAUAGGAACAAUGAAGAUCUUAUUAAUGGACCAGAACCAGCGAUGGUAGAGGAAUGUAUAAAUUAUCUUCAGCUAGUUCGUCAUGUGAUGUUUGUUUUAACAAAAGAUGAUAAAGAUAGUGCACGUUGGAUUGAAAGUUUAACGAUAGAUUUAGGAUUAGGACGAUACAAAUCAAAAAACAUUAAUAACAGCUAUCGAGUUGAGCGCAGUGCCUUUCAAGCUCGAGACAGAAAAGUGAAUAGAGUCAUGUCCAAAAAAAUAUACACAAUUUUUAAUAGUGAUGAUCCCGAACAAAUCAUUUAUUAA